AUGUGUCCGUUAUGUAGUGUUGCAGUGGAGACCAUUGAUCACCUUUUUGUUGGAUGUAGAGAAUUAUUGGAGAUUUGGAGUCGUAUUCCUAUUUGGUGGGAUGUUCGUCUUCCAGAUAGGUUUGCUAUUGAUGAUAUCAUGAGGUGGGUUGAUUCUACAAGUUUAAAGAUUGGCCAAAGAAAAGCUUUUGACGCAGUGAUUAUCUCGGCUUUUUGGUGUCUUUGGAAUUUUAGAAAUAAUUUUGUUUUUGGCCCGACUAUUCCUAGGAAAUCCGAUCUCUUUGAUGCUAUUGUAGAGAGGACAUUUUUUUGGAUUUCUAAUAGGUCUAGCAAAUCUAGAAUCGGAUGGACUUCUUGGCUUCAUAAUCCGGUUCUAGCUUCUAUUUUGAUGUAA